GUUUGUUGUGUCACUAACCCACAGACAACAGUGGCAGGCCGCUCGACUACGAGGCUAUUUUUAGAUGUCACAUGACUUCCACAGCUGCAGGAAAAUCCUUUUCAGAUGGAUUAUUACUACGAUCGAUGUAAAAUAAGAAGGUGAUUGCUCAAAACCAGUAUAACGAACGAACAUGAAGCUGAGACAAUUACACGGGGCUACUUUGCUUUUAGCAACAUUGAUGAUGAUUACAGAGUAUAAUCAAUUGUCAGCACAGUUUGUGGCCACCUUUGAUAUAAACCCAUCUUCAAAUAUGAACCAAAAGUUUCUACAGACCAAAGAAGGGGAUCCUGUCAAUGUUAUCCUCAACUUACAACAAUCCUUUAGUACAAUUGGUAAAAGGUUUCUUGGUGUCACAAUAGACACAAGCCUUGCCAGAAAUGGAAUGAAAACAUUCAACUUCAGCUCCAGCAGAGUACAGGCAUUAGCGCGAGCACUGACACCCUGCUUCUUAAGAUUUGGUGGAACCAGUGCUGACUGCAUGACCUUUGAACCAAGUCUGCAUUUUGUAAAAGAAAAUUAUAAAGAGUCAAAUGCAAGUGAUGGCUACACAAAGUAUGUUCCAGACUUGUCAAAUUUUACAAUGCCAGCAAGUGUUUGGGACAGACUGAAUGCCUUUGCUCAAACUGUUGGCUGGGAUUUUAUCAUGGAUCUCAAUGCACUUCAUCGCCACCCUGAUGGUUCAUGGGAUCCGACAAAUGCUGCUGAGCUUUUGCAAUACUCUUCUGCCAGAAACUACUCUAUUGCUGGGUUUGAACUUGGAAAUGAAUAUGACCUCUACCCUGGGGGGCUAAAAUAUAAUCUGAGUGCAAGACAACUGGCAAAGGAUGUACAGACUCUGCAGAAGCUUCUGAGCUCAUUUCCUUUGUACUCUUCCUCAUUUAUCAUUGGCCCAGAGACAGCUGGUUUGAACCCUGAGUAUUUUAUGAGAUUCCUUUAUGAAGGAGGAGACGGUGUUGUCAAGGCAAGCAGUUCACAUUUUUAUUAUUUUAAUGGCAACACUGCUGACUUGGGGUCAUUUACCAGUGUCCACAUCAUGGAAAGCCUUCGAACAUACCUGCAAAAUGCUUUUUCUCAGACCAGAGCUGUCAGUGAAAACCUUCCCUUGUGGCUGAGUGAGACUUCAUCUGCAUAUAAUUCGGGAGCACCCAAUAUUUCAGACCGAUUUGUAGCAGGAUUUUUGUGGCUGGAUAAGUUAGGGCUGUGUGCAGAACUUGGAGUGGAAGUUGUACUUCGCCAAACAUUUUUUGACUUAAACUAUGCAUUGAUUGACCACAACUUUGACCCUAAUCCUGAUUUCUGGCUUACAUUGCUUUUCAAGCGGCUGAUUUGGGGUCCAGUUUUCAUGGCAAGUGGACGUGAUGAUGUUCGGGUGUAUGCUGCCUGUGGAAAUACAGAAAUAUUUAGUGCUGGUGCCCUAGUUGUUUACCUAUUGAAUCCCAACAACUACACUGUGGACUUUGACCUGCCCCAGUUUCCAGAUCAUCAGCGUCUUUUGUAUAUUUUGACACCUGGAGAUGAAGAUGGCCUCCUUUCCAAGUUUUCGUCCCUGAAUGGAGUGAAACUGGAGAUGAGAGAUGAUACUUUACCACCACUGAAUCCUGUCAAUCAACAAUCGGGUGCCGUCACUUUUCCUUCUUUUUCCUUUGGGUUUGUAGUUUUACCUAGUGCAAGGGUUACUCUUUGCACGGACAGAAUGUAAUUGUAACUUGGCAUGUUAUUUCAAAGACAGUUUUAGCACACUGAUUUCAGCUAUUGAGAAGAGUAAUCAUGUGAUCAUUAGUCACUUUUCCACAUGAUGUAAUAGCAGUAUUAUGCAAUAAACAUACACCACCUUCAACUGCUUGAUGACAGAAGAAAUUUAUGGAUGUACUUAAAAUGAUUUUAAAGGAAAAGCUUGUGUAUUCUUUCAUCAAAGAAUUUAUCAAUUUUUCCAUCAGCCAGAAUUGCUGUCUUGUAUAAUAACAAGGAUGAGCCAUUGUUACAUAAGGAGAAAUCAGAAAAGAGUAUUUUUCAUCUUAUUGUUAAUGCUGAAUUUUUUUCUUAAAAAUGUGUGUGAUCACUAUCAUUUUUCACUUUAAAAAAUUAUUUGAAAAGAGUGUUUGUUAUCAUAUCUUAUUGUUGUCUGAGGCUCAGAGAUUUUUUUUAAAGAAUAUGUUUACUAAAUCCAGGUAACAACAGAUCAUGAGUAAUUUAUUUUGCCUUUAGCAUUCCAUGGCACUUGGAAAAUUAGAAACAUAUUGCCUUAUAAUAUCAUGAACAGGUUAAAAUGUAUGUAUAUUUUAUUUUUUAUACCUUGGUCUGUACCAUAAUUUACAAUUUUUGUUGUAACUGAAAUUAAGUGUGCAAUAGUGAGUGCUUAAUGGUGAGUUUUAGAGAUACAGCAAAGGUUAGAGGUCAUCCCAAUAAAAUUCAGGCUGGUGAUGGGAAAGAUAAGUUUUACAUAAACAACACAAAAACAAGAUGUCCACCUAAAUAAGCACUCAUUCCCAACCACCAUCAAGGUGCACCACCAUCGAGAUGCAUUAGAUAAGCCAAUGGUGCCCUAAGAAUACCCAUGUUUUUUUGCAUUUUUCAACAUUUAUUACUAAAGUUAUUUUUAUAUGUUGAUGCUCUAAGAGGCACUGUAAUAAAUUUUGAGUAAAACAAUUGGCAAAA